GUCAAAUUUCCAUAACGAAACCAAGUGAAGUAGGCAAAUUUCAUCAGUCAGCAUCUUGACGCCACGACAGACACUAGCAAACUAAAAAUUUGCCCAAGUUAUUAUUUUGAAAUUUUAUUUAUUGAUUGCAUCAUGUCCACAAGACAGGCUGCAAGAUCACGAAAUUUAAAAGGAAAAGAAGCUCUGUUGGAAUGGUGUAAGCAACAAACGUACGGUUACAAAGGCGUGAGCGUGCGUAAUUUAAACUCUUCGUGGAGGGAUGGCUUGGCAUUUUGCGCGCUCUUACACAGAUUCGAUCCCGAACUGAUGUAGGUAUUCAAAAUGAUUGCACUCGACUCUCUCUCUUGAUGUCUCCCUCUUUCUCGAUCUCUCGCUAUCUUUCUCUUUCCCUCUCUGUUUUUACCCUGGCGAGCAACAAAAGGUUGUUUAUGGCUGAGACAGUCGAAGAAAGUCUACACAAAUAACAGUAUUUUUUUCGAAAUUGAAAACAAAGGUUUCACUCGGGGAAAGGGAAGUUGGGGUUUUUUACCACACCGCGGUAAAUUUUUGGUCAUUACAAUUUUCAAAUGCCACUAUCCGCAGUAUUUGCUACAAUAAUUAACUUUUGAUAUUUUGUGAGAAACUAAGACAAUGACGCAGUGAUAUUUUAAGUGAAGACAGAGGAGAUUCGUGAAAACUGCAGUAACUUGUAACUGGAACUUCUGCUUUUUUAGCAUUUGUUCAUCAUAUGUGCGCGGUAUGUGAUGCGAACGCGACAUGUAACAUCACGGGAAACUUUCUAAUCUGUAUAAUCCUCUGAAGUGAACCCAAACUUAUUUAUGUUAAUUGAUUGUCUGAGGUCACCAAGCGAGACGAGAGAUUUAACCAAGAGGCACGUAUCAAUGCAAAAGUGUCCCUAAAAUAUUGAAUUAUUUAAGUACAGAUUUUAAAGAACCGCAACGCGUUCAUCUCGCAGACAUCCAGUGAAAAAUAAAAUUGAAAAAGUUUCACUGCCGCCUUUACAUACGAGUAAUCGUUCAAACUGUGUCUUUUAUAUUAAAGUUAAGUGGAAACGUUAAAAAUUAUUGAUAAACAUCGAACAAAUAGAGCGUUAUUGAUUGCAGCCAUGGUAACAAGAAUAUUAAGGCCACAGAAGCUUUAUUAUGCAAAAAAAAAAAAAAUUAACGCCUAGUUCUAGCUCGAGAUUGAUCGUAGCACUUUGAUUUUGAGUCAUACCCUUUUAUAAGAACCUAAAUUGUAUGUUUUUUUUCUUCGACUUUGACCUUGACUUAAAGUUUUUUAAAUACACAAGUAAAUAUGAAAUAUACAGAUGCCCUUAAGAGGGCGAACUUUCGACUCUGCACUAAAUAGCAUAUAGGAAGUGAACCAUCGAUGGAUAAUGUCAAUAAACUUUUUUUGUAAGGUUGGAGGAAAAGACAAGCCGAAGGUGGGGAAAAUGUAAUUAUUAGCAGAUUUUGAAAUGAUGCUAAAAUGAAAGCAUGGUAUAGUUGUAUUUUAGACUUACAAUGGCGGUCCCUAAUAACGUUAACAUGACGCGGGUCUCAAAAUAUUGAGUUGGACAAGUUAAGGUUUGCGGAUUGGUUCCACAGAGAUAUUUCUGAUAAUUUUCUUUCACUUUGCAGCAAAUUUGACGACCUUUCUAAGGAGGACGCCUUGAAAAACAAUGAAUUGGUAGGUUUACUUGGACCAAACCGUGCAUUCUCGAGAAAGAGAGAGCUUUAGUUUUGUGAUAUGUAUAACUGAUCUCCAUAUUUUCAAGUCUCUCCAUAAACGAACGGACGAAAAUGUAUCAUAACUUGAGGAAAACAGAGCAAGGGCGAUGAAUGAAAUUCAAGAACUUACUUAAGUCAAAGAGCGCAUUGCCUCACGUUUUAGCUGUGUUGAGCAAAGUAAGUUUUAUAUUUCAGGCUUUCAAAGUGGCCGAGGAAAAACUCAAAGUUCCAGCUCUUUUGGAGGCAAGUGACCUGGUAUCAAUGGAAGAGAUUGACGAGAUGAGCGUGAUGACGUAUCUCUCCAUGCUGUACAAACGAAUUAAAAAAAAUUCCUCGCCUGGUGAGUAGUUGCUUUUCUGAUUUGAACUAUUCUCGGAACGGAAAUUCUUCUGAUAAUGCACGUUUGAGAAAUUUAACAGGGGGAAUAUUGUUCCUUGCUGUCUUCAGUGGAGUGAAGCAAUCUCGAAGACGUGUGCCAAUCGUUUACAAUACCGAUCGUCUUAGUACACACCUUUUCGUUCACUUGCGCACGUCUGGUGUUUGUUUAUGUAGGAAGAAAAUGUCACUUUUUCAAAUGAUAGUGAUAUGUAUUUUUUUAUUUCAUAGCCCCUAGAAGUCCCGCCGUCAAUUCUACUACAGGUAUGUAGAAUCCAUGAAACUUUUGCAAAUGAUGCCAAACACGAACUGCCGAAAACUUUGACAAUGCUCAAAUUUCACUCUAAAUUCAUCCAGCUGAGUUCUAUAAAAAGUAAAAUUAAAAACAUCUUGUAAACCACAUGUUGUAGACUCAAAAAAGGAAUAAGUGGACCUGUCAUUAUUUAGCCCCUUCGGGGUGGGUCGAAGGAUUCUAGGAGGGGGGGGAGGAUCACGUGGUUUUCAAGGGGGUAUGAAGGGAGACCAGUCGCCUCUAACAGAGUUUGGAGGGGUGAAAUUAAGAAAUUUGACCUCUAGUGAGCGGGAUCAUCAGAAUACUACAGACCCUUAUGGGGUAUUAAGAAAAUUUUAUUGAGACACAACCAAGGAUCGGUAAUACGCAGUGAUGCAUAGCUGUUCUGUAUUACCGUUUGCGACCUAACAUCACUAGACCCACCUACACCUUCUUCAACUUUACCACAGUGGCACUAACUGUCAUCGUCACACCUGUGUCCACUGUGCGUCAGUGGCGUCGUCACCUGAGGAGAAAUUUAUUCAUUUAAUCUUAAAGAACGUGCUGCUCAAUAGAAUGCCUUCGGGGUAUAUCUUUCCACCUAAGAGCUUCUUGAGAACCCCUUUUGUUAUGACGUCAUUUGCCGUUUCCUAGUUGCUUUUCGUCCGAGCGUAUCCUUUGGUCUCGAUACUUUAAGAAAACUGUCUUAAUGAAACUGCGUAUCGCGUGGCGUGAUUGCGAAGUUUUGAUUAACGUUGGCGGUUCUGACGUCCAUAUGUACAUCCACUAUUAGCUUCUAAUAUUCACUUUCUCUGGGUGUUUCCAUGAUCAGGGCCUGGUUUAUCACAGCUGUUAUGACAUGAAGAGUCCACAUGCACGAAUAUUCCCUCCGCCCCACCCCACUGAGGAGAUGUAGUCGUCUCAGGUUAUCCCCCACCCCACAGCAUCUCGUCACGCCUCCCUGGCAGUUCACCACUACCCAUUUAUACCCCUGGAUGGCGAGCGGCAUUGAGAAAAUAAAGUGUCUCGUCCAGGAGCACAACACAAUUUUCAGCUGAGCUCAAGCCCAGGCCUACGUGUGCACACGUUAUUACCCCUGUCGCUGCUUGGUUGUUUUGGUUGUCAAAAAUAUUUUUGCCACAAAUUUAAAAUUCAAUGUUUAUCUGUUGUAGUUCCAACAAGGAGAACCCUUUUGACGUCUUGAAAGAUGAGAACAACUUCACCGAGCGUUUUGAGAAACGAAAACACCGUCUCAGUUCUGGAGAAAAAGACAACUUCUCUAACAGAUCAGUGCCAAAGGAAACUACCUUAAGAGAACUACACCAGGAAAACCACGUCUAAAUAGUAGAUGAAUACUGUCCCCCUUCAUUGGACUGGAAGACAGUUGAAAACAUCCAAAUUUAUCUUUUGCUAGUUUGUCUCAAAAUGACUGAAGUUGUAUCGAAACGACCUUCUGUAUCUAUCGAGUUGUCUUUUAGUUUGUAUCGAAUCCAUUUGUAUCAAAACGACCAUACUACGAUAAAUUUCACAUGCUAGUGAUUGAAUAUGACUGCAUUUGACCUAAGAUCUUAUCAUUAGUAUUAGCUCGAAAAAUUGAUGGCAAAAAAAUUUCUGUUCUAUCAAUCACUCGCGUUUCAGCUCAUGAAUCAUCUUUAUCAAAAUUUUUCGUUGCAUGUCAACAGAGCUCCCUUUCACUUCCAAGAUCUCGUUAGCAAUUCUCCUUUCUGUCAGCCAUACGAUUCUGAUGAUGUUAGUUUGAAGUAAUUGGUAUUGGAUCAAUUGAUAAUGCCCUAAUUGAUAUUUUUCUUGAUUUCCGUUACUUAUCGGCUCGAUAUUGUAUCAGUAUUGUAAGGAGAAAUUCUAUCAUGGUCAUUCGUUGGAGCUUAAGAGUUAAAGGAGAUGUUAUCAGCUGAUAACGAUGAAAACACUUAACAGGUGGACUUCACACAGAUUAUUAACCACUAAAAUUGGAAACCAGCGUUAAAAGGCAACUGUAGUAUGGAUAGAGGUGUAACCUGGGAUCUUUGCAUUUUUUUCCUUCUCAUUCGUGUUACGCAUUUACCAUUUUAAUAUAUGAAAAUAAGAAAUUAUUAGGCCUGUGUACGGAUAUAUGGAGCACGCAUGAUACUGUUAAGUGAACACAUAUGAAAAUUAUCUUUCAUGAAAUAUAAAAAUAUAAGAGAACUUGAAAUAAAAGUCGAUUCACG